AUGGAGGCGGACAACUCCACCGGCGACCCCCGUGCUCCCAGCCCGCAGCUGAGCGUGACCGACCUCAUCGUCAUCACCGUGUAUUUCGCCCUGAACCUGGCUGUGGGCAUAUGGUCUUCAUGCGGGGCCAGCAGGAACACGGUGAGAGGCUACUUCCUGGCGGGCCGGGACAUGACCUGGUGGCCGAUUGGAGCCUCCCUCUUUGCCAGCAGCGAGGGCUCGGGCCUCUUUAUUGGACUGGCGGGCUCGGGUGCGGCCGGGGGCCUGGCCGUGGCGGGCUUCGAGUGGAAUGCCACGUAUGUGCUGCUGGCCCUGGCGUGGGUGUUCGUACCCAUCUACAUCUCCUCGGAGAUCGUCACCAUGCCUGAAUACAUUCAGAAGCGCUACGGAGGCCAGCGGAUUUGCAUGUACCUGUCUAUCCUGUCUCUGCUGCUGUCCGUCUUCACCAAAAUAUCGAUCGACCUGUACGCAGGGGCCCUCUUUGUGCACAUCUGUCUGGGCUGGAACUUCUACCUCUCCACCACCCUCAUGCUCGCCAUCACGGCCCUGUACACCAUCGCAGGGGGUUUGGCUGCUGUGAUCUACACGGACGCCCUGCAAACGCUCAUCAUGGUGGUGGGGGCCGUCAUCCUGACCGUCAAAGCCUUUGACCAGAUCGGCGGCUAUGAGCAGCUGGCGGCAGCCUACGCCCAGGCCGUCCCAUCCAGGACCAUCGCAAACACGACCUGCCACCUGCCCCGUGCAGACGCCAUGCACAUGUUCCGAGACCCCCACACAGGGGACCUCCCGUGGACUGGGAUGACCUUCGGUCUGACCAUCAUGGCCACCUGGUACUGGUGCACUGACCAGGUCAUCGUGCAGCGAUCGCUGUCCGCCCGGGACCUGAACCAUGCCAAGGCGGGCUCCAUCCUGGCCAGCUACCUCAAGAUGCUGCCCAUGGGCCUGAUCAUCAUGCCAGGCAUGAUCAGCCGUGCGCUGUUUCCAGAUGACGUGGGCUGCGUGGUGCCGUCUGAGUGCCUUCGGGCCUGUGGGGCCGAGAUCGGCUGCUCCAACAUCGCCUACCCCAAGCUGGUCAUGGAACUGAUGCCCGUAGGUCUGCGGGGGCUGAUGAUUGCAGUGAUGAUGGCCGCACUCAUGUCGUCGCUGACUUCCAUCUUCAACAGCAGCAGCACACUUGUCACCAUGGACAUCUGGAGGCGGCUGAGGCCCCUCGCUGGCGAGCGGGAGCUGCUGCUCAUUGGCCGGCUGGUCAUCGUGGUGCUCGUGGGCGUCAGCGUGGCCUGGAUCCCCAUCCUGCAGGACUCCAACAGUGGGCAGCUCUUUAUCUACAUGCAGUCGGUGACCAGCUCCCUGGCCCCCCCAGUGACCGCAGUCUUUGUUCUGGGCAUCUUCUGGCGGCGUGCCAAUGAGCAGGUGGGUGGGGGAUGGGCAGCACCGGGGCAGACAGGACAGGGGGGGUCGGGGCUCGGUCCCCUCCCCGCGGACGGGCUGCCUCUGGCUCACAUCUUCCCCUGCCGCCCGUGUGCGUGCUGGGGGAACCUGGGCCCUCACCGUCCUCCUGCCCUGCCUCCCCUUCCCCAGGGGGCCUUCUGGGGCCUGAUGGCGGGGCUGGCCCUGGGUGCCACUCGGCUGGUCCUGGAAUUCCUGCACCCCGCGCCCCGCUGCGGUGACCCGGACACGCGGCCUGCUAUCCUCAGCAGCAUGCACUACCUGCAUUUUGCCGUCGCCCUCUUUGUGCUCAGCGGGGUCGUUGUGGUGGCUGGGAGCCUGCUGACGCCACCCCCCCAGGGAAUCCAGAUUGAGAACCUUACCUGGUGGACCUUGGCUCAGGAUGUGCUCGUGGGAGCCAAAGCAGGCGAUGGCCAGACACCCCAGAAACACGCUUUCUGGGCCCGUGUGUGUGGCUUCAACGCUAUCCUGCUCAUGUGUGUCAACAUCUUCUUCUACGCCUACUUCGCCUGACGCUGGCCCCGUGGCCAAGAAGGCUGGAGCGCUCGGAAUCCUCAGGUCUACCUCGCUUUCACUGAGGACACCGAGGCCCAGAGACCCAGGGACUCCCCUCGCGACUGCGUAGCCGGUCCGGUGCCCACACAC